CCGGUAACACCGACAAACAUUCAGCCCUUUUCUCGCGAGAUUCGACGGGUUCCACUUUCUUCUCGUCCAGCAUGGCCGCGCUGUAUGAGGGUUACACGUUGUGCGGACUUGUUCCAGCUCAAACUCUAUCAAAUUCAGGCAUUCAGGGGAUCGAAGCGGAGAGAGACAGCGACCAUGUCGUCGUCACCGACUCAACCAGAUCUGUCACGCUGUACAAGGUUUCAGACCAGAAGCCACUGGGCAGCUGGACGGUGAAACAAGGACAGACCCUGACCUGUUCAGCAGUUUACAACUCCCAAACCAAAGAAUAUGUGGCUGUGUCAGACAACAAGGUGGUCAGAGUUUGGAAGGAAGAAGACAUACUCUUAGAUAAGGCCUUCAAAGCAACCGUGUCAUCAGAUGUCUGGAGGGUCCACUGUGUGUCAGGAGGCGAGCCUGUGGUCUUGUUCCAGAGAGGAGCUGUGAGACUCCUGGACUCUCUCCUCUCCGCUCCCCAGCAGCCCAUAGAGGAAGUCCUGGCUCGAGAAGAGACCAUUAGGUGGAGCACCAUCUUAGUGGCAGAUUCGCAGCAGUAUGUUAUCUUCACAACCGAACAGACAGGAAAUAAUUUCCUGUACCUGCACAGACUGAAUCCCAACACGUUGCAGAGGUACCGACUGGAGAGAGAGGAGCCUGGUCUUUCCCCGCUCAGCUUCUCUGCCUCCUACAGGGAUAAACACAUCUGCCUGCUUUAUCUUUACCCUAAUGGUCAUAUGUACCAGAGUCUAGUCUCUGUGCGGGGCCUGGGGGUUGAUGAGGGAGCCCAGGCACUUCAGCUACCACGUAGUCUGCUCCUGGCUCUUCCAGUAGGUGAGGGCCUGCUGGAGGCAGCAUCAGCCCUGGUCCUGGAUGAAGCCCAUGUAGCUGUCGUUGGGGUUCCACACCCCUCUGCCGGAGCUGGUAAAGACUUCCUCUGCAUAUGGAAUACCAAUUUCCAGACGCUUCAGGCCGGAAAAGAGAUGGCGGGUAAAAUCUACGGACAGCUAUGGACUUUCUCCAACAAAUUAUUCAUUCCACAUGGGAAAAUCCUCUCUGUUAUUCCAUAUGAAUGCCCCAAAUCAUCCUUAGCCUCUGCCCUGGGAAAACUAAGGCAGGCCAAGACUGAAAAGUCCCAAGCUCCAGCUUUCAUACCAUCUUGGAAUACCAUUUUACACGGAGAGACAACUCAGCCCUCUAGAGCAAUGGAGACCAGGAAGAUGCGAACGAACCGCAAGACCCAGUCAUCACCUAGUUUGACAAUUGACCAAGUUCUGGAAAUCAUUAAGACGGCACCAGUUGAGGAGGUCCAGAAAGAGGUGGAGGGGCUCCUCUCCAGGGCAGACGUCCAGGACCUGCAGCCCUCAGUGGGGCAGCUAGCAUCAACCCUUGUGUCCCGAAGCCUGGCUGAUCCAACCUUCUACACCCCAAGCACCCUGAUGCAGCUAGUGCACACUCAGUUUCUCUGCCACAGUGUGUGUCCUGACCUCGUUCUCCUGGCCCUGGAGAAGAAGGACUACUUUCUGUGUCAGCUCUGCUUGCAGUUCUUCCCUGACAUCCCAGAAGCUGUCACCUGUGCCUGCCUUAAGUCUUUCAUCAGUAUGUCAGAUGUCGAUGCGGAGAAAGUGAAUCUGGAGCCCGACAGCGUCUCCUUCAUGGAAACCCUAAUUGCCAGGGAGCGUGGCCAGGUUGGCUUUCAGAAUGGUUUCAGCCCCACCUCCUUAGAUGAGGACCGCUCAGAAGCCCUCGGUGGAGGUGGCACCAUCAUUAAGACCAGAGCAGAAGACAAGGAGAAGACCUCAACUCCACCAGAACAGAGCUGUCCUGUGGGAUUAAACAAGGCUGUUCUACUAAAUGAGGUGCUGAUGACGGCAUACAGUGACACGUUCCUCCUUCCACACCUAAAAGAUCUCUCCUCCCCACAUGUUAUUCUUUUCUUCCAGUACCUGCAGUUCCUUUACCUAAAAUAUUCUCAAGAUGCUUCACCACAGAUGCAUGUAUUGAGAUCACCAAGUCUGAGUCAGAUCAUGGAUUGGGUAUGCUUGUUGUUAGACGCCCAUUUCACUGUGCUAGUGAUGACUCCUGAGGCCAAAGGCUUAUUGCUGAACCUCCACAGCUUUGUGAAGUCUCAGGUGAGACUGGUUUCUGAACUUGGAAAGAUCGAGGGCAGCCUUCAAGAGCUCAAUAAGAUCAAGGUGAAGGAGGAUGUUGGACAAUACUCCAUUGAAGUCAUUGAGCUGUUUUAGAAUGUGUACAAUGUGUAUACUUUAAAUAAAUCAAUGAACAUAUUCUCUCCUUCCAAUGUUUCAUCUGUAGUGGUUUCAAGGGUUGUAUACUAUUAAGUGCGUUUUGGCACAGAUUCCAGUUAGUAGAACUCAGAUGCACAAGUUUUACUGAGUUUGACAAGAAUUCUUAUUUUAUUUAGGCAUUGAUUAAGUUGCAAAUGCCUUUGAGCCACGUUUUAAACUUGUUUAACCUCAGCCAACAUGGUUUGCCAGUUGAAUUAAGAGUCUGCUCAUAUGCCAAACUGUAAACCGCAUGUAAAAGCCACCUAAUAUGAGAGUAUGAAAACAGUUUGUAAUAUUUGUACUGGCAUUUGUAAUUCCUUCACAUCCUUAAUUGUCACUGCCUGUUUAUUGUAUGUGUCCUGACAUCUGAAUAUUUGUGAAUCUGUCAGUUGUGACAGUAGUCUGUACUGGCUUUUUAUUUUGAAUACAAAUGUAUAUCUAAAUGUG